CUGACCGCGGUUGAGACAGAACCGCAAGCGGAAACCGACAGUUUCCUUUUCUUUUUACGCACAAUCCAAGCCAUCGGGAAUAAACUAUGAUCAAGAAAAUGUCUCCGUCCGAGAGCGACUUUGACAUCCCCGCCAAGAACUGCUACAGGAUGGUGAUUUUGGGCUCCACCAAAGUUGGGAAAACGGCCAUCGUGUCCCGGUUCCUGAACGGCCGCUUCGAGGAGCAGUACACGCCGACCAUCGAGGACUUUCACAGGAAACUGUACAACAUCAAAGGGGACGUUUAUCAACUGGACAUACUGGACACGUCAGGGAAUCACCCUUUCCCCGCGAUGAGGAGACUCUCUAUACUGACAGGUGACGUGUUCAUUCUCGUCUUCAGCUUGGACAACCGCGAGUCGUUCCAGGAGGUGCAGCGGCUCAAGAAGCAGAUCUACGAGACCAAGUCGUGCCUGAAGAACAAGAUCAAGGAGAACAUCGACGUGCCUCUGGUGAUCUGCGGGAACAAGGGCGACCGGGAGUUCCACCGGGAGGUGCAGCAGGAGGAGAUCGAGCAGCUGGUGGCCGGCGACGACAAGUGCGCCUACUUCGAGAUCUCGGCCAAGCGCAACGAGAACGUGGACAAGAUGUUUCAGACGCUAUUUACCCUGGCGAAGCUACCUCACGAGAUGAGCCCCGACCUGCACCGGAAGGUGUCCGUGCAGUACUGCGACAUACUGCACAGGAAGUCGCUCAAGCACAAGAAGAUGAAGGACAUUGGGGAGGCGUACGGCGUGGUCACUCCGUGCGCGCGGAGGCCGAGCGUCCACAGCGACCUCAUGUACAUUAAGGAGAAGGCCGUCGGAGGCGGCCACGGCAAGGACAAAGAGAGGUGCGUAGUAAGCUAAGGGGGAGAGAGCACGAGGCACAAACUUGCGCAAACAAACACACACAAAAAAAUCUUUUAAAAGAAGAAGGAGCCUGGCGUGUGCAGGGCGGCCGGCUGCCGCUCGGACGUAGAGCGGAGCUUUGAGGAUGCCGCCGCUGCUGCUGCUGAUGAUGCCGCUGUCGCGCGCGCGCGCUCAAACGCAGUACUGUUUCAAAAGGACACUGACCGGAUAACCGAGUCCGAGGUCUUCUUCUUUUUUUUUUUUUUUUUCAAAAGAAAAAAAAACCCACUGCCAACAAGACGUAUGAGAAUGUUAGCUUGUUCUGUCAAUCAGAGCCUAAUCUGUGACGUGGCUUAAUAACUUGUGAAACUCGCGCGCGCCGAUGCGCAAGUUGUUGCUUUGUUGACGUUUCGCCGUUUGGACAACUGCCAGAGACUCACACGGCUCAGGAGGUGCGAUGUUAGCGGAGAGAAGGCUGUUUACAUUUUACUUUAGGCUUUUAUAAAGGCUAAGUACAUUUGAAUGUUUACUCUAAAUCUGCAUUAUUUUUAUUGUUGAAUGUAUUAUUUAUUGUUGGUGUUAAUUUGUUUUUUCUUUUUGCAAUGAAGUCAAAGAAAUUUUAAAAAUCCAAUAAAAAAACAACAUAAAAUCAAAAA